AUGAAACGAGGGAGGAAAACUAAUGAGGCCAACAGCAGUUCAUCAGAAGAGACAGCUGAGGGAGAAUCCAAGAGACACAAGGUUUUAGACGAGGAAUCCAGGGUUGUGCAGAGUCCUGACUGGGCAAACCUGCUUCAAGACAUUAUCCUGCAGGUGUUUCAGUAUUUGCCUCUUCUGGAUCGUGCUCACGCAUCACAGGUUUGCCGAAGCUGGAACCAGGUGUUUCAUAUGCCUGAUCUCUGGAGGUGUUUCGAAUUUGAACUGAAUCAACCAGCUACAUCUUACUUGAGGGCUACGCAUCCUGAGCUGAUCAAGCAAAUAAUAAAGAGGCAUUCCAAUCAUCUGCAGUAUGUAAGCUUCAAGGUGGACAGUAGCAAGGAAUCUGCAGAAGCAGCUUGUGAUAUUUUAUCACAGCUUGUGAAUUGCUCUCUGAAAACACUUGGGCUAAUUUCAACUGCCCGGCCAAGCUUCAUGGACCUACCAAAGUCUCACUUUAUUUCUGCACUGACAGUGGUGUUUGUAAACUCCAAAUCCCUCUCUUCGCUUAAGAUUGACGACACACCCGUAGAUGAUCCGUCUCUCAAAGUCUUAGUGGCUAACAACAGUGACACGCUCAAACUGUUGAAAAUGAGCAGUUGUCCUCAUGUUUCUCCAGCUGGUAUCCUUUGUGUGGCUGACCAGUGUCAUGGCUUACGUGAGCUGGCGCUGAACUAUCACCUGCUGAGCGACGACCUUCUCCUUGCUUUGUCUUCUGAAAAGCAUGUCAGGCUAGAACACUUGCGCAUUGACGUGGUCAGUGAAAACCCCGGACAGACUCAGUUCCACACGAUUCAGAAGAGCAGCUGGGACGCUUUCAUCAAGCAUUCUCCUAAAGUAAAUUUAGUGAUGUACUUUUUCUUGUACGAAGAGGAGUUUGACCCGUUCUUCCGUUACGAAAUACCCGUCACUCACCUUUACUUCGGAAGAUCGGUAAGCAAAGACGUCCUUGGCCGCGUCGGGAUGACAUGUCCUCGCUUAGUGGAACUGGUGGUGUGCGCCAACGGAUUGCGGCCGCUGGACGAGGAGCUGAUCCGUAUCGCGGAACGUUGCAAGUACCUGUCGGCCGUCGGCCUAGGAGAAUGUGAAGUCUCUUGCAGUGCCUUCGUCGAGUUUGUGAAGAUGUGUGGCGGUCGUCUCUCUCAGCUUUCCAUUAUGGAGGAAGUUCUGAUUCCUGAUCAGAAGUACAGCUUAGAGCAGAUUCACUGGGAAGUUUCGAAGCAUCUCGGUAGAGUCUGGUUUCCAGACAUGAUGCCCACGUGGUAAAGUCCUUUAAAAGA